AUGGAAAGCGCGGCCGACGCCUCCUCCAGGUCCCUGGUCUGGGCGGGCAGGCACCUCUGCCUGGCCAGCAGCAGCGCGGCCUCUGGCCUGCCUCGUUCCAGCAGCACUCGCAGGGCCUUGAGGGGUAGCUGCGUCCCGCUCACGUCUGUGCAUGGUGGGCCGUGGAACAAGGCAGGUUUGAGGGGGUGCCCUCCCGUGCCAUGGCGCACCACGCCGCGUCGAAGCGCUGGAUUCUGGCCAGCACACACGACUCAUCCUGCCUCGGUCGCGGCCUCGCUGGCCUUGGUGCAAGGCCACGGGGUAGGUCUGCAACAGACAUGCGCCCCGUCAACACACAGCACACGGCACUCCAGGGCCCUACCCCUCCCCUGCACUCCCCGCACAAAACCCACCGCCGGCACAGGCUACCGCCUCCUCCAGGGCAGACACGCCGGAGGGGUGCUCGGGCACCAGCGAGGCAUCCAGGAAGUGUUGCAGCAGCCAGGCGCUGCCCACGUCACGCUGCACGUGCCACGUCAGCCUGCACAGUGUUUGAUGAGGUGGGGCGCCUUCAGCAUCCUCGCUUCGGUGCGUGGCACUCAGGGAGAAUGUGCACUGGACGGAUCGGGCGCACAGCAGAGCCCCCCUCUGCCCUUGCAAGACACCCCUCCCCAAAAUUCCCCUCCCUCGACCCCACCCUCCCAGCCCCUCACCAGAGCUGGUCCAGGAGCUCCCGCCGCCCGCACCAACCCCCAUCCGCGAGGUGGAAAGCAAGGAGCAUGA